CUCUAUCAAUGUUGUGUUACUUUUAUGUGUACCCACAGAACACAACUCUUCUUACCACCUUCUUCUCCACGUGUUAUAGAGCAGCACAGCACCUUCUGUAACGCCUAUUUCUAAUAAUACAACAACAAGCCAUGAUCAUCACUUCCUUGUACUCUUCUUUCCUUUAUCUUUUUCCUUUAUUUAACUUGUUCUUGCUAGAGUUAAAUUCCAAGUUUUCCUUUGAUGGCUUGUUCCCAUUUCUAGAAAAAUCUCAUCUUAGCAUGUUAAUUUGAGCUUAUAACAUCAAAAAUUGAGUUUUCCUUUGAUGAAAUGUUCCCAUUUCUUGAAAAAUUCUCAUCUUUAGCAUGUUGAUUUGAGCUCAUAACAUCAAAAACUUGAGUUUUCCUUUGAUUGGCUGUUCCCAUUACUUGAAAAGAAUCUCAUCUCUAGCAUCUUAAGUUGAGCUCAUUUUGUUGUUUUUGAGGCAUAACAUCAAACUAUUGAGUUUUCCAUUCAUGGGUUGUUCCCAUUUCUUGAAAAAUUCUCAUCUUAGCAUGUUCAUUUGAGCUCAUAACAUCAAAAACUUGAGUUUUCCUUUGAUUGGUUGUUUCUAUUUCUUGAAUACUUUCAGCUUGGCAUGUUAAUUUGAGCUCUUUUGUUGUUUUUGAGACAUAACAUAUCAAAAUCUUGAGUUUUCUUUUGAUGAGCUGUUCCCAUUUCUUGAAAAUCUCAGUUUAGCAUGUUUGAGCUAAUUUUGUUGUUUUUGAAACAUCACAUCAAAAUCUUGAGUUUUCCUUUGAUUUGGUUGUUCCCAUUUCUUGAAAAAUCUCAGCUUGGCAUGUUAAUUUGAGCUACAUUUUUUUGUUGUGUCCAUUUUUGUCCCAUCAAAAUCUUGAAUUUUCAAUGGCUUCAAUUCUAAGGUUUCGUAAGCUGUGCUUUCUUGAACCAGUGAAGUAUUCUUCUGUGAGUUAUGACAAACCAAAAAAUGAUGAAAAACAAUCUUUUGAAAAACCACAAAAACCAGAAAGUCUUGUUUCUGGUAUUGAGAGAGUAUUAGAGAAACCAAAAUCCAAGAAGAUUAAAAAACAGCCUAAGGAAUGGAGGUGUGUAGAUAGCUGUUGUUGGUUAAUAGGCUACUUGUGUACAACUUGGUGGCUACUUCUGUUUUUGUGCAAUUUUUUGCCUGCAAAUAUGCCUGGACUUAAAGUCCCUGAAGCUCCUGGAGUUAGACUUAAACGUGAUGGAUUAACAGCUCUUCACCCUGUUGUUUUAGUCCCUGGCAUUGUCACUGGUGGCCUUGAACUUUGGGAAGGAAGGCCUUGUUCUGAAGGAUUAUUUCGAAAGAGGCUUUGGGGUGGUAGUUUUACUGAAAUAUUCAAGAGGCCUUUAUGUUGGUUGGAGCACUUAUCGUUGGAUAAUGAAACGGGGCUUGAUCCACCCGGGAUUCGAGUCCGAGCAGUUCCAGGACUUGUAGCAGCCGAUUAUUUUGCCCCUGGUUACUUUGUUUGGGCUGUUCUUAUUGAGAAUUUGGCAAAAAUUGGCUACGAACAGAAGAAUAUGUACAUGGCUGCUUAUGACUGGAGGCUAUCCUUCCAAAAUACAGAGAUUAGGGACCAAGCUCUGAGUAGGUUGAAGAGCAAAAUCGAGCUUAUGUAUGUGACAAACGGUUACAAGAAAGUGGUUGUGGUGCCUCAUUCAAUGGGAGUUAUCUAUUUUCUCCACUUCCUUAAAUGGGUUGAAGCACCUCCUCCGGUUGGAGGUGGUGGUGGGCCGGGUUGGUGUGCCAAACAUGUCAAAGCUAUCAUGAAUAUCGGUCCAGCAUUUCUCGGCGUUCCAAAGGCUGUUGCUAAUAUAUUGUCUGCUGAGGGAAAAGACGUUGCCUUUAUCAGAGCCAUGGCUCCGGGUUUGCUGGACUCCGAGACCUUCGGUUUUCAAACACUUCAACACGUUAUGCGGGUUUCUCGAACAUGGGACUCCGUCGUUUCUUUGGUACCUAGAGGAGGAGAGACCAUAUGGGGUGACUUGAAUCAGUCUCCAGAAGUAGAAAACAUAUGCUAUACAUCAAAGGCGCGAUACUUGCAAUCUUCUUCAAAGGAAAGCAAUGGCAAUGACACAGAUGCUAGGAGGAGUUCCCAGGUGAAGGAGCUGCCGAAAUAUGGAAGAAUAGUUUCAUUUGGCAAGGAAAAAUUAGAGUUACCUUCGUCACAGCUCUCAAUUAUAGAUUCAAAUGAAUUCGUGCAUAAAAGUGGAUCCAGAAAUUCCAACACGUCAUGUGGAGAAAUAUUGUCAGAGUAUGACGAGAUGAGUCGCAAAAGCAUUAAGAAAGUUGCCGAAAAUGAUGCAUACACAGCAAGAACUCUGUUAGAUCUUCUUCGGUUUGUGGCACCGAAAAUGAUGAAGCGUGCUGAGGCACAUUUCUCUCACGGAAUAGCAGAAAACCUUGAUGAUCCGAAGUAUAGUCAUUACAAGUACUGGUCAAAUCCACUUGAAACCAAGUUGCCGGAUGCUCCGGAUAUGGAGAUAUACUGUUCAUAUGGGGUGGGAAUUCCAACUGAGAGAUCAUACGUCUACAAGCUUUCGUCUUCUGAUAGAUGCAAGAGCAUUCCUCUUCAAAUCGAUAGCUCGCACGAUAGUGACAACGGGUGCUUAAAAGGUGGAGUACACUUUGUUGAUGGCGACGAGAGCGUACCAGUCGUGAGCGCUGGGUUCAUGUGCGCUAAAGGUUGGCGAGGCAAGACACGUUUCAACCCCUCGGGCAUAUCCACAUACGUGAGAGAAUACCAACACAAGGCACCGGCGAGCCUGCUAGAAGGGAGAGGCACGGAGAGUGGGGCCCACGUUGACAUUAUGGGAAAUAUCGUGUUGAUCGAGGAUGUUCUACGACUCGCUGCUGGUGCCACCGGUGCAGAGUUGGGUGGCGAUAGGAUCUACUCGGAGAUCAUGAAAAUGUCAGACAGGAUAAAUAUUCGGCUUUAAUUGCAACAAUGUGCGCGAUUUUGAUGGAGGGAUGAAGAACAAUAUCUAAGCAAAGAGUAAAGAGUACAAGAAUAGGAUAGAGAUAUGAGAGUGGGGACACAACAACUACUACUGAAUUGCGGGAUACUGACUCAGGAAAGGACUUUAAGGACAAUCAAAGUAUGGGAUGAGGAAAGUGGGGCUAGCUUAGAUGGGGGACUUUUUUGCAUUGAUUGUAAGUUUCUGAUUGAGAAAAAGAGGGGGGGAAAGAGAGUAGCAUUUUCUCACGUGUAAUUUACUGAAUAAAAUUCUCACCUUAUGUAAUCAGGUUCAAUAAGAUUCUGGCUGUUCUACUAAGGAAA